UUUCCCGGAGAAUAUUAGACAUGGCUGCUCCAGAGCCAGAAAGCUGGUGAACCGAAGAAUAUCGACGAUCUGGUCCCCUACGACAAUCAUUGUGUAGUUUCAAAUUCAGUUGGAACCCGGUGUUGGCAGUGUGAUGAGAUUCAUUCAAUUGAUCUAAAUUGAAAUAUUGUUUCGGAGCAAGUGCGCGCGCAACUACUAUCCCAACACGGUAAAAUUAGUGAAGUACUUCGCCUGGAGAUUGUCGCGUUUUGGAGCACAAUCUCAGAUGAGCUCAGUUUUUUUCGAGAAGUUUGAAGUGCAGACGAAAAUCAAAUCCAGGCUAGCUUGGGGUGGUUGUCGGGGGUGUUAAUUUCGCCCCUGCAUUAAGUAUUCUAAUUAUGAAAUUCUACGGUCUUAGUGGUGUGCCAUGUAUUUAGUGUUUUGUGAAAACAUCCUGCGAAGUUGUAUUCGGUAUUUCAUUGAUUCAAAUUUCCUGAGCCAAAACGUGGUGCGAAGGUGAUUAAAAUGCACUUCCGUUUAAAAAACGUUAUCAAAUCCGUUCCGUAUCAUCAAUUGUGAUUGUGUUGUAUUCCAGCUUUAUCAAAACAAUAAUUUACGAGGAUGCUGCCAUGGAGGAACGCAUGCCUUAUGAUCUGCAUUGUCCUUGCAUUCCCUCAGAUCCAAAUUACAGGUUUUCUUCCAACAGACGAGAAGAAAUGCCAAUAUUUACGACCGGACAGGAUGCUGAAAGCCCGCUGCUACCACAUGGAUCUGCGGGAAGUCCCACAGUUUCUCAAAACAGGAGUAGAGAUUCUGGAUCUAAGUUUCAAUCGAAUAAAGAAACUGAAUGUUACGUCGUUUCAAAGGUAUGCGAGUAUUCGGUAUCUUUUGCUAUACGAUAACAUGAUACAAUUCAUUCAGCCGGGAACAUUUUCACACUUAACAGCAUUGGAGGAAAUUGAUUUGGCCAACAAUGCAUUACUUACAAUUCCAAGUGAGCUAUUCCAGCUGCCGUCGCUUCGGAACUUAUAUGUGGAUAGUAAUGAUUUGUACGAUUUGGAUGAAACACUUGAGACCUUGGAAAAGCCCAUCCGGGCUCCACUGGAGUAUUUGAAUGUUGCAAACUGUGGCCUUCAAAAAAUACCUCGGCUCGGAAUAUUGCCUUAUAUCCUACAUUUGAAUGCUUCCAUGAAUCCACUGCAAGCUGCUGUAGCGCAGGAUUUCGUUCCAAUGUGCCAUAUAAAAAGUCUUGAUUUGCGCAAAACCACCAUGGAUCCUUGUAAUUGUUUGGCCAUUGUUGAGUAUUUAGAGAGUUUAAAAGUUAUUGUUACUGACAGAAUAGACUGUGAUAUUGUGGACAGAAAAGCCUGCGAUCCGGUUGCAUUUGCCAUAGACACCAAAGAUUACGAUGACUGCAAAUCUGUAACUCUGAAUAAAGAGUCCCAGAAUAGCUGGAUUAUUAUUUUCGCUUGUAUAGGAGCUUCAUUAGUGUUGUUAAUAUGUGGAUUAUGCUGGUAUCAGAAGAGAAGGUCGAACGCUAGACGUGCUCAACGACGUGUAAACCAGGAGGGGCCGAAUCGAGAGUUACUACGAAAUGCCAACUGAAACAAAAAGUGCCUUAAACUCUUCUGCCAAAAAUACAUAUGUAGUAUUUAUUGUUCGAUAUACCUUGUAAAUGUGUGUAUAUAGAUACGCAUUAAUAGUAAUGUAGGUCAGGAUAAGAAAGGUUGAAUGUGGUUGCGUUUUUUAUUAGAACAUUGUGAAUUGGAUUCUGUUUGGUUGAUUCAAAAAGAAGCAUUUGAAUUUUAAUGAAUCAAUGAAUUGUGCAUGAAUGAAUAAAUAAUUUUGUGUUAUUGUUA